AUGGAUUCCUUGCAGCGCCAGUCGAAAAAAGUCGUGGACCAAAUGAUUGACGAUGAUGCAAUAACAGCAGACAACGACGAUCUAUUCAAUCCGAUACCCCCAACGCAAGUAAGCGCAGGAAAAACUGCUUUGCACCUAGCUGCUGAAGCUGGAGAAGUGCCGGGAGUGCGACAACUCCUAUUCCCUCCUCCAACUCCUAGCUGCACUCCUAACCAGAAUAAUGCGAAUGCUUUGCAUCACUAUGUCUUACAAGUUAGAAGACCCUCUGCCCAACUUGGUGAAGGCACUCGGACUCGAAUAGAAUUUGGUGGAAAAUCAUUCGUGUUUCAAGGACCAUCGGUUUUCUUUCAUCGCGAAUUACCCGAAGUAUUGCCCAAAAUGCCUGUAUCGCGAUGGACAAAUAAAUAUGAAUUCCAUUUUGAGAAGGCUCCCAUGAUAGACCGCCAGUCGAAAAAAGUCGUGGACCAAAUGAUUGACGAUGAUGCAAUAACAGCAGACAACGACGAUCUAUUCAAUCCGGUGAGUGAAGUUCCGUGA